GUAUGCGUGUUGUUGUAUAUAAGUUACAUUUGCAUAGAGCAAGUUACAUUUAUCUCUUCGAAUAUGAAAGUGAAAAUCAAACUCGUUGAAACAUCAAAGAGAAGGAAUUAGCAGCAAAACGACAGUUGUUUAAACACGCUACGGGUAAAACUACUGAGUAAAAACGUUAAUUAAUUAAAAAUAUUUGAUCUCAAAUUAAACUUAGAUGAAUCAGAGAUAACCACAUAUUUAACAACGGGAUUUUCUAUGAACAUUUUUUUUUUUUUAGGAAAGUAUUUUUAAAGACAAUUAUAAGGAUUAGAAUUUUAGGACAAUGGCAGUCAGUGAAGAAAUAACGGUAAUGUUUCAAUUGUUUGAUAAGAAAGGCGAGGGAAGCGUCAACCAUGAACAGAUGACGUCAUUCUUGACGUCACUGGGUUAUCACAUGACGAAGAAGGAGAUUGAUGACGUCAUAUCUCGGUAUGACGUCAACAAGUCAAAUGCUUUGGAAAUCGAAGAAUUCGCGGAAAUGACGAAAGAUCUGAUGACGUCGGUUGAUGACAUCACGAUUAAAUUAGCAUAUGACGCAUUCGAUCCUGACGGACAUGGUUACGUCACAAAGCGCCAAGUCGAGCGAAUUUUACAAAACCUUUCGAUUCGAAUUUCAAAAUCCGACCUUGAAGAAAUGAUGGGUGACGUAGGUGAUUACAUCACAUAUCAACAGUUUGUUGACGUCAUCACAAAAUAACGUCAUCUCGAAAUGACGUCAUCAACCAUUUUGCUGUUGCCAUUCUUC